CGUAGUCAAACUGGGUACGUAGUUAUACAAUACAAUUCAAAAGCAAGAAACCAGAAUCUCCAGACAUGCGUGACUUUUCGUUUAAGACGCUGCACUAGGCCUGGUCAUUAAUUAAAUUUCAUCUCGUGCGGAAACUGACAGACACGUCUUUCCACAAAGUUCUCUUUCUAGGCCUUCUCGGUUACCUUCGACGCACUGGUCACAGCACAAAAGCUUCCUUCUGUAAUGGUAAGUUCUGCACUUAUCAAACGAACUGCGAAAUACUGCAGUUUCGCAACUAUUGUCUCUGUUUUUGCAUUUUAUGUUUUAUACACUGGACAAAGCCACGCAGAUUAUGUUCGAGACCCGACUGUAAAAUGCAGUCACUCGAAGGUAGAAAUGGAACAGCUUUUGAACCUAACUCACGAAGUACAUAUGUUACUCAACUCGCUUCAAAUCGACCACUGGCUCAUGUAUGGGUCUAUAUUUGGUGCUAUGCGAGAAAAGGGACCACUUCCUUGGGAUUACGACGUCGACAUCGGAAUACGUGGCGAACAAUACAUUAUGCUAGAGAAAUCCGAGUUCUUUCUUCCGUUUGAACGAGCUGGGAUGAUUGUAGAAGACCAUGUAAACAGAAAUGGCUUAAUCCAGAUGAAAAGACGCGGCUGGAAAUUAGGAGUCGAUUUGUUUACUUUUUACGAUUAUGGCGGGAAUAUGAAAAGGCCUGGCUGGGCUCCAUGGCUGCUGUUUGUAAACUACGCUUUACAUCGUACAUUUCCUUCUCGUUUGGUGAAGUCACCACUGCCUGUAACCAGGUUUGGUUUCUUCGAUAUCUCUGUUCCUAGAGAAGGAAACGAAAUUCUAAAAUAUUUGUACAGAUUUGAUUGGUGGAAGGAAGUAAAGCCUUUGACUUGUCAUUAGUCAUUUGCAUCCAAGAUAUGUCUUUACUAUAACAAUAGUUUGGCUUUUACGAUAUCCAAAUUGAUAAAGCCGGCUAUUCCAUGUGCAAGAUGUAAAUAAAACAAUUCUUAUACAUAAACUUGAUAAAUUUUUCAUUACACCUGAUGAUGUUGUCGAGAUGACCGUGAAACGUCUUUUACAACUAGUUUUCUUUUUAAACUUAUAUACAUAAAAUAUGAAAAAACCUAAAACCUGAACUUGGCUUCUGAAAAGACUGUUAUAUUAUCUUCCACGAGGACUUGAGUAGUCACUAUCCAUUAUGCCGCUCAUAAAUCAGUUUAUUUUAAUAGCUGUAUACCAAAAAAGUGCAUUGCUUUAUGUCUGUAAUAACGGCCCACUUCAGUUUGACUGGGACCAUUUUACUCAAUGGAACACUAAAAUACCGUUCCUCAUUUUUUCAAUCGCUAAUGUAAAUAACACAUUUUAUAAAAAGCAUACAAAUACAAAUAAGCAGAUGAAUAAUAACUUAAUAUGAUUUUAUCAUCUUUUUUUAUAUUCAUGUUGUUACCAUUAAAUGAGCAAAAAGAGAAUGCAACAGUUUUGGAGAUUAAACAAAACAACGAAAAUUACUCAUGAGCGUGAAGGAUGUUUGAAAGUGGUAAUCUUAAUUAGCUUACGAUUUGGGCAAAUUAUUGCUUUGAAUUUCUAAGAGAAGUAUAAAGAGUUUGGGAAGCCAUAACAAGUACUUCAAAAAGUGUUUCAUCCUCUUUCCAAACACUUCGAAGUUGGCUAGAAAUUCUCGCGGUUUUUUCAACUCACUUCCUGAUGUUUGGAAAUCGUAUGAAACACUCUUUCACGUAUUUGAUAUAUAGCGCUUCGCUCGUCUGUUAUUCAAAACGGCAAUGUUCGAAGGGAAAUGUUUAGAGAUCGAAUAACUAUUUAUAAAUCGUGCGUUGUUGAAGAUGAAUGUGUUUCAUAGUUCUCAUACUCAUUAAUAAUGCAUGAAGAAACCAGCCAAUAAAUGGGCUAUUUUUGGGUCACAUGAUGUUGCUUGAAACCUGGUAAAGUCAUAUGAAAGGGCUGAAUUCAGUCUGUAGUAACUGGAACAAAAUUAAUUCAGUCCUAGGACUGAAUUAAUUUUGUUACAGUUACUCCAAGUCGAAUAAUAAUGAGCAUGAGAAGUC